UUCUAACCCAGUCAGUCGCGUCGCAGACACUCGCGAAAAAACACACCGAGUUUGCCGCCACCACACUCCACGUCCCAAGCAGGCUCAUGUCUUCAUGAGUGGCCGUCUGCACACGCGAAAGGGACAGCCAUGAGGAAAUCGCCAAACCUGCCGUCGUCGCUGUUGGGUCUGCUGACCCUGAGCUGCAUCCUGCUGGCCACUUGCAGCCAAGCCAGGAGGAUCUCCCACAGGCAUGACGUCGGUCCGCCACAAGAAACGUUAGACACUGGUGGCUGGCGACCAGUCGUCGAGAGUGGUCGACCCCAGCUAGAACAAGUGGCCGUCGCUCCGACUGGUUACGACGGAGACGCAGACCUCGUUCCUCCUCCGCGCAGGAACAAUGCCGGCGCCAAAAAGCCGCGUCCCGGACUUAAGCCCUCCGCUUCUGAGAUCCGCUCUUCGACCGCUUACACCCUGCCUCCCCCCUCCGGUUCCAGCACCGUCCGGUUCCCCGGAGACCAGGCCAGACGACCUACUCGAAAACGCCAACGCCCCGGUCCAGUGCACCUGAGGCCCUACCUGGCCCAGGAGAGUGCCCAGCAUUUGCGAUUCCGACCUUCGCCGCCAGCCCCGGACAACUUUUGGCCCGAACCUACCGAGCCGUCCGUGUCCUUCUUCACGCCCCAACACUAUAACGAAGGCCCUCUGCAAUUGUCCAUCUCUCCUCAUGAGCAGCACCAGUUGAUCAGCACGCAGCAAGUCUUCGGCAAUCCGGCCCUUUUCAAUUUGGAGCAGCCCAUUCGCCGGCCGCAGGACAACGCCUUCCUCGAGCCGUCCAUCCACGAAAAUGAGGUUGUUGACAACGUGCCCAAGUAUCAGAUAACCGAGCCGUCGCCGCCACCUCCACGCAGGAGGAGGCCGAAACCUCCGCCGCCGACCGAGGAGACGCCGCUGAUCGAGCCCGAGAUGCACCGAAGCCCCGAAGUCCACGAAGCUCCGGCUUGGGCAACCGAACAGCCGGCGGUGGUGGUGCGACCGAGAAGGCCCAGACCGCCUGUCGAGAGGCCCGAGGAGGAGGAGGAGCCGGUGAGGAGAAGGCCCGCCAGGCCACCUGCACCCGUGCAGGAGCAGCUCGAGGAUGACAUGGAAGUGCCUGUAUUCAACCUGAGGCCCAGAAGGCCCAUUGUAUCGCCCCCAACUGAAGAGCAAGUUCAGGAGGAAGAAAAACCGCGUCCCAGGCGACCUCGUCCCACGCCCGCACCAGUGGCUCAGGAAGACCCCGAAGAAGAGGUCAGUCCCGCGACGCCACAGGAAGAAGAGAGGCCCCUGAAGAGACGCAGACCGCGUCCUCCUGGCGAGGGCGGCCAGCGACGCAGACGUCCCAAACCAAGACCGCAGCCGCCGGUGGUGGUUGAGUCUGAACAGGAGGAACAACAGCAGCCCGAAGAAGGGGACAGGAACGUCUACAGGCGACCCAUCAAGAACUGGCCGACAAAGGAAACUAUUCAUGUUGAGGAGCCCAUUGUUCCUGAGCACCACGAACCCGAAGAAGAGGCAAACUACCCUGUCAUUCCUCAACACCACCAGCAAGAGGAGGAGUUGCACAUUCCUGAAGAGGCGCCGUCUGCGGAAACCGUCGAGGAAGAAGUGGCACCAAGUGCUGAGACCUACGAAGAGGAGCCGAACUACCAGGAACCAAACCAGGUUUCCUCCACCGAAGGCCUGUACUCUAUUCCUCCCAAGAGGAAACGCCCUGAGGAAAGCGUCUUUAGCACGACUGAGUCGACGACCACAUCUAGCACCACUAGUCCCCCACCAACCACCACUUCGUCCAUCAGCAACCGCCUCAGGUUGAAGUUGAAUGCCACCAGGCCACGUUUCAGCCUGAACAACAUCAAGGAAAGACUCAGGCAGCAGGCAUUAAACGAGCAGAAGGACGAGCAGUCCACCAGCACUGAGGCGCCAAAACAAAACAGGUUCAGGUUCUCGACGACCUCAACGACCGAAGGGCCGACGACCGAAAGGUCGACCUUCAGACCUUCAGGCCGCUUCACCAGACCUCCAAUUUUCCACAGCCGCUUCCGCAGUACCACUGAAGCGUCGCUGGCCGUAGCCACUAUGACUGACUACCAGGCUGCCAGGAGGGCCAACCCUAACCUGUACAACAUGAACAGAGAGCGACGGCCGCCCCUGAAGACCCUGAGGUCCACCACGGAGCUGCCCGUCACCACCCCCGUUGACGAGGAGGUCGAAGACGAAGUUGAGAGCACCACGGAAACGGAGGAGUUCACCACCGUUGCGCCUCCAAGGUCAACGACCCCAGAGGACUUCGCUCGCAGGGUGACCGACCUGACCUCUUCGGCAACCGCUUACAAGCCUCUGAGCUUCUUCAGCGCCGUGCCCGCCAACGGAAUCCACUCGUCGCAGUUGCGUUUCACGAUGGCCACCGAAGACCCCAUUCUGCCAAUCGAAGCAUUCUUCCCAGCUUUCGCGUCAAAUCCGGGCAAACCCCACGGCGAAUAAAUAAGUGUGCCUGCGUGGCUAAUGUACAUACAGUUUUUUUUUUUUGCAAAAAGAGAGAAGAGGUGUAAAAAUGGACUAAUUUUAUUGUAACGUUAAGAUAUUUAUUGUUAGUGUGUAGUUUCAAUAAAGCGACAGUAAUAAAGAAAACAUAUUUUUUGUAAAUUUCAGAUUUAAGGAAAAUUUACUACACAAUAAUCAUCAUCGUUAUCAAACUAAAUAAUUUACUGAUGUGCAUUUUUACAUAAUACUUUGAUAUUGAUAAUAAUCACGUUAAAAUUUAUCAUAUACAUAUAAAUAUCCUCCACAUAUUUGCAACUCUAUUGAUAUUAUCAAGCCCAGCCACAAAAAAUUAAUUAUAUACCAACGAUCAGCAAAUUCAAUCAAUAAAAUUUUUUAUAAUAUUUAUAACUGAGCAAAACGAACGUUUAUUAAUUAAUCUUAAAAACGCUCACUCUUAAUUAGCGACGAAGCCAUUUUUGUUUUUCAAUUCAAUCUGCUUGACCUACAACUUACAACUCUAAACGUUUUCCCUAAUUAGUCUCUUUGUUAGCCGUCCCAUAUUGUGGGUGCUGGCAUAUAUGAGCUCGGCAAGAAUCA